UUGAACCACUGUUGCCCUAACAUACUUAUAUUAUUGUAACAAAAAUGGAGAGGAAAGACUUAAGGAAAGAGAGCCAGUGGUUCUGGAGCAAGCACAAGAUCCAAAUCCCAGAUUACCCGAACCUAAACUUGUCCAAUUUGAAUAUCCAUUCGCUGGAUCCAGUAGAUCACCCAAACGGCAUGCUAAAGAAUCCGAACCUCUCAGCACGUCAUUUGGGGCUCCACUCAAGGACAUUUAAGUCAUUGCAAUAUAAAUGAGAAAGUCGCAUAAAUCAUAGUCGACUUACCGUCCAUUUUUGUAAUAAAGUCGAUGGGAGGGGGCCAUUUCUUUCAGGGGCACGCACUUCCUUUAUCUUCGGUCUGUGCUCCGUCAUUUUCCUUCCUGAAUUGCCUGUCUUCCUCCUCCCGGAAAUUUCCGAUCAUGGCCAACUGAGAGAUUGAGAGAGAGAGAGAGAGAGAGAGAGAGAAAUGAGGUGCAGAUUUCACCCGUGCGAUCCCGGCCGGGUGGGCGUGUGCGCGUCAUGCCUGAGGGAGCGGCUAGAGGCGUUGGUGGCGGAGAGAGAGCGUCGAAAACCGGUUUCUGCGUCGUCGUUGGUUUCGGCUGCGCGACAGUCUUCUGUCACCGCCUCCAGUGUCGCCACCUCUUGCCCGGACUUUCCCCUCUCCUUCCCGAGAUCCGUCUCCCCUUACGUCUCCGCCCGCGACCGGGAGAGCCUCUUCUUCAGCACCCCGCAGCUCAACCCGUCCAAGAAGAAUCACCACCAGGACGUUAAUCAUAGCCCCGUACCCAGGAAGGAGAAGCGGUUCUCCCUCUUCUCUGCGAUCUUCGGUCGUCGGAAACCGAGCGAGACACCUCCUGCGGUUUCGUCCUCAUCCUCCCCGCCCUCGUCGUCGUGGCUCUCCUCUAUCCUACCUAUCCGACACAAGAAGUCCCGCCUCUUCCCCGCCGCCGCCGCCGGCAGUCGGAAUUCUUGCCGGCGGAGGGAUUGCGGUAUGUCUCCGGCGGCGCCGGCGAGGGGGAGGGACGAUGAGGUACCAGCAGACGAGGCCGGCUACGUCCCUGAUGCUCGCGGCUCGAGACUGAAGCCGGACGCAUCGGCAAUAGCAACGGCGGCGGCUACGCGACGGACGCUGCAACAGCACAAUCCUUCGGGAUUCGCUAUCUGCCUGAGUCCUCUGAUGCGGCCGAGCCCCAACCAUCGCCAUCAGGAACAGGUCGUUUGGGACCUUCCCGCCUACGCCGGCGAUUUUAGGGUUUCCAAUUCCGACAAGUAUGUCUCCGCUGGACCUUCCGCCUUCUGCAGCCGAUCAAGAAAGCUUUCCGAUCUUGGAAAAUUCCCCUAAUUCUAUCCCUAUUUCUCUCCUCUCUUUUUUUUUCCUUUCAAUUUUUUUCACGAACUUCCUUCUUCUACUCUGGUAAUUUUUGUACAGGAAAAACAGAGGGAAAAUUGAAAAGGAAAAGAAAGAAACGAUGUUGUACCGAACGACCGUGAUGAAGCGUUCAUGUAUUUUCAA